AUGGCUUCAGCAUAUUCUCUUAGGCAAGCAUUCGCUCUUCUUAUCCUACUAUCAAAAAUUGCAGCCGCUACGACAACAGUUUGGCGAAACCUUCCGUAUAUCAUCGGACACAAUGAUAUUGAUGUCACACCAGCUAUCAGACGCCGCAUUAUUGGACUGUCCUUCGAUGCUAUCGCAGGACGCCGCUCCUUUACAUUCGGUGCCUCACGAGCUAGUGAUUACCAAUUACCACAUCUAGAUGGGGUUGCUAAGGAUCAUUUUGCCCUUUAUUUUGACUCCAAUGACCAUGCUCUAUACCUCAACAAUACCAGUUCGGAACGCAUACACCUCUCGCCAGCGGCGUCUAUUGUUCUACUUACUACAUACAUCAAAAUCUCCAUUCCGGAUAACUACCCCUUUAACCACGGCCACUGUAGGCUUGAAAGCUUGUAG